AUGGCAACGAACAUUACCUGGCAUCAUAAUUUAACCUAUAAAGAACGUCAAAAUUUGAGAAAGCAAGAUGGUUGUACCAUUUGGCUCACAGGUUUAAGCGCAUCUGGAAAAAGUACUAUUGCGUGUGCCCUAGAGCAGCUGCUACUACAAAACAACAUAGCCGCCUACAGAUUAGAUGGUGAUAAUGUUAGAUUUGGGCUGAACAAAGACCUCGGGUUCUCUGAAAAGGACAGAAACGAAAAUAUUAGAAGAAUAAGUGAGGUUUCGAAACUUUUCGCUGAUUCUUGUACAAUCAGUAUUACCUCUUUCAUCUCACCAUACAGAACUGAUAGAGAAAAAGCUCGUGAAUUACACAAAGAGAGCGGAUUAAAAUUUAUUGAAGUUUUCGUAGAUGUUCCACUAGAGGUUGCUGAACAAAGGGACCCAAAAGGUUUAUAUAAAAAGGCCAGAGAGGGAGUUAUCAAGGAAUUCACCGGUAUUUCUGCACCUUACGAAGCUCCUGAGAAUCCAGAAAUACAUAUGAGAACUGAUUUAAAAUCUAUUGAAGAAUGUGCAGCAGAGAUUUUUGCAUUUUUAAGUAGAGAGAAAAUUAUUCCAGGUAGCGAUUAA